AUGCCGCACGCGCUCCAGACACCGGCGCGGAAGCAGAGCAAGUGGUCGGCCGAGGAGAAUGCCUUGAUCAUCGAGCUCCGCGGAAGCGGCAUGAAAUGGGACGACAUCUCGAAGCACCUCCCGGGCCGGUCUGCGAUUAGCUGCCGGCUGCAUUACCAGAACUACCUGGAACGCCGCAGCGAGUGGGACGAAGAACGGAAGAACAAGCUGGCGAGGUUGUACGAGAGAUUCAAACCCGAGAUGUGGCGGCAGGUGGCAGAAGAACUGGCCGUGCCCUGGCGCGCCGCCGAGGCAAUGCAUUGGCAGCUAGGUGAGGACGAAAUGGCAAGGCGCGCUGGCGCAGUUCCGUUCUCGCUGAACUCAACCACAAACGUGCCCCAAGGCCCGCAACGAUUCCCGCCGACCCGGCACGCCCAUUCCCAAUCGCAAGGCAGCCUCCCUCGCGAGCACUCCGGCCUUCCAUCGCCGCGCUACACCCGGGGCCCGCCAGCACUGCCCAUGCCAUCGUCGGGCCGUCCGUUGACUCCCACCUCCGGCCGUACCCUGUCCGCUCGCCGCGAGAGCUUCCCUCCGCGCCCUUCGCUUGGGCCGCCCAUGUACGAUCAAGCCGAGUGCGGCUCCGGACCCGGCUACGGACCCGGCUACGGACCCGGCUCGGCUUCUACGCCAGGCAUCGGCCUCGCCCCGAUCCAGACGGUAAACCCGUUUGGAAGCAGCCAGGGGGUCGUCCAGGGAGGACGUGUCGGCACCCUGCCGAGUCUACACGAGUUGACGUCGGGCACCAGGUCCUACAGCACGCCUGCGUACAGCAUCAGCGGAGGCGGCGGCGGAGGCGUCCAUAGCGGAACGGCCAGCCCGGGGAGUGCGACGCAGGGGCCGUUGCUUCCCGCUUUCUUGCCGUACCAGCCCCAGCUCGAGCCGGCUGGCAGCGCAGCAGCGAAGAGAAGGGCGAGCCCGCCUGACGCGGGGACGCGAGAGGCGAGUCGGCGCCGGCAUCAUCCCUAUCCCAGAGAAGGGGACGGGUAUAGAGAAGACGGCGGCGGGGGCCGGUGA